AUGAAUAAUGGACCUCCAUGCCUUAAGAAGGAAAAUUCUUCAUUCGGAGGACCGAAUGGAGGAUCAAGGGCAAGUUUCGAUAAUAACAACAGAGUUUAUGUGGGAAACCUUGCAUGGGAAGUUGAAAAUCUAGAUCUUCAAACCUUCUUCAGUGAGCAACGAAAGGUUAUAGAGGCCAAGCUGGUUUAUGACAGAGAGAGUGGUAGAUUAAGGGGUUUCGGGUUUAUAGCCUAUAGUUCUGCUUAUGAGGUACAAUGCAGUUGGAUCGAAGGAUGGCAUGAUAAAUUUAUUCUUGAGGCAAUACUACUUGCAUCUUGA